GGAUUUAUUUAUCUGAACAGAAGGACGCGUGAAUUUGUAAAAUGUUAACCUUAAUGGGAUAUUAUGCACACAUGGGAGAAAACCGACCACUUAACAAACCUAUGAAGUUCAUCAAGAAUUAGAAGGCACUGAAUAUCUCAAACAACAAAAGAUAUAUACACAAGAUGGCAGGUCUACCUACAAAAAAGAAGACAAACGACUUCGAGAUCCCAUCCAAGACAACUAGCAGGAUGUUAAAAAAUGCAAGACAGGUCGCAAGGACGGUUGAUGAUGAACAUGCGCUGAAAUACAGGAACGACGGUACGUUGAAAGGCAACCCAAGUAGGGCAACUGAUCUGAGUUCAAUCAGCAAAAAGGCUAAGAAGCAUUCUGGACGACUUGAAGAGAGGUGUAAGGAGCUCACAGCCAUUAUAAAUCGCACGAGAGAAAAAAUGAAGUACUUGAAAAGUCUUCAAAAAGAAUGUUCUGAUCUAUGCGAGGCCUAUGCCAAGGUGAUGGAGAUUGUGGACAUGGAAGGGGCAACGAGUUCUUGUAUCACCACCUUGAAAAACCUCGACUUCUUCAUCGCAGAGUGCUUGGAGAGCCAAGAAGUCCGUGCAAAGCGGAACCAGAGUCUAACCACGAUGAAAGAGCUGAAAACGAAACUACAAAAAUACCUGGCUGAACCUGGCGAGAGUGAUAUGGACGAUGGUUUAGAAGAACUUCCAGAUGUAAUGAAGAGUUCACAUUCAAAAGACGAUGAUCCACACGCGUCUGCUUUCUUGAAGAAAAAGACACCCAUAAAACAUGAUGUUCAAGCGUUAACAGGACUCAAAAACCUAGGCAACAGUUGCUACAUGAACAGCACUAUUCAAUGCCUAAACAAUACGUUGCAAUUGGUAAACUACUUCAGAUCUGACAGCUACCGGCAAACCAACUGCAACAGACACCAUGGGCAGUUAGUAUAUGAAUUUGCUUACCUGGUGAAGGAUCUUUGGUCCGGCGAACAUCUCUGUAUAAAACCCGAGCUUUUUAAGGCGGCAAUUGGUCGAUGUCAGCCGAAGUUUGCGGGUUCUAAACAAGAGGAUUGUCAGGAGUUUCUUACAUUUCUUAUGGAAGGACUUCACGAGGGACUCAACAAGGUUAAGGUCAAAAAACAAAUCCAGGAGCAAACAAAUGAAGGACUUACCGACGAAAUGGCAGCGGAGAUUUCCUGGCGGGACCACAAACUGAAUAACGACUCCAUCCUAGUGGAACUCUUCCAAGGUCAGUUCAAGAAGACCAUUAUGUGUCGGACAUGCAGCAAACAGAUCGUGGAUUUCGAGACAUUCAUGUAUCUGUUUCUGCCCAUACCCAAUACAACUUAUUGUACACUCCAGGAUUGCCUGAUGCAUUUUUCUGCCGAGAAAAGUGUUACAGGAAAUUGUCUGAUGCCUGCCCCAAACUGCGGGGAAAACAGUGACACUUUCAUGAAACUAGAGAUUUGGAAAGUGCCUCAAAUACUUAUUAUCGUUCUCAAAAGGUUUAAAAUGGAAGGCAAUUGGUGGACAAAGAUCGACGCGCCCGUGGAUAUCCCGACGAGGGAUGUGGAUUUCUCCCGGUUUGUUAUUGGUCCACGUCCAAAGAUUUAUAAUCUGUAUGCAGUGUCGAAUCAUUCUGGAACUCUUUCCAGUGGCCAUUACACUGCUUGCUGUAGAAACCCGUGUAAUCAGAAAUGGUACAAGUUUAAUGAUUCGAUAGUCCAAGAGGCUUAUGAACCCAUUGGCAAGUCAUCUGCUGCAUACGUCCUUUACUACACGUCUAUGGAUAAGCAGAGCUGGACACCCAGCUCCAGCUCAGAAGCAAAACAUACGACGAAGAAAUGAAAUGUGCUUAUGUGUGUACUUACUAUCUACAUAACAACUAUCUUCGGAAAUACUAGUUAACAGCAAAGUCUUAAAAUUAUAAAAGAUAUGUUUGUCAAGCGUGUGAUUUUCUGUAAUUUUAAAAUUUUAAAAGCCACGAUUGCCGGUGAUCAUAUUGAAGAUUUUCAAAUGUAUCUUGAAACCAGUGAAGAAAAUAUAGAAAUUUUAAAAUAUUUAUUUAGUGUGGAAUAUAUACAAUGUUUAGCGAGGCUUAGAAAACCUAAACACGUUUUGGUGGUUUAAACCACUAAGACUAAGAUGCAAAUAGCUUAAGAUGAGAUGAUUGUAAAGAGUGUGAUAAUUUAUGAGUUACGUUUUAUGUUAACAAUGCGUGGAUGUUUAAUUGCCAUUUCUCUCUUGAUGUCACAAGUGACACGCCAUUUAUAAGAGUAAUAGUGCUGUUAUUUUGUCAUAUAAAAGGUAUGUCCUUACAAAGUGAUCCUUUAACGAAAACAACAUAAAUAUGUGUGUCCCAAUAUACUAAUUGUAUACCUUGUUGUGUAUAUUCGAUGGAACUUAACAGUGAUAAUUCUCUUGACAUUCAAUACGCAGCAUGAAAUAAAGUACUAAACCUUUCAAGGACACCUAGUAUGGUUUGGUAUGGUCAUAAAGGGAUGCGUGGAGGAAUGAAACCUUAGAAAAAAAUUCUCUAUUAAUUCACUUCGUAUCAUGACAUAAAAAACAACUGUACCUACCUUGAAUUUACAAUUGACAGCACUGGUUACGGACAGAGAGAUACACAUGAAGUGGUGUGGAGAGAUUCACAAAGGCUAGGAACUUCACAGUAGGAAUUAUCAAUCGAUUUAUUACAUGUCAUCUACAGGAAUAAUGAAACUCAUCACGCAUUAUCAGGAAAAUAACGUCUUAUAAACACUCGUAACUCUUGUAUUUAUGUCCAGUUAGCAAUUAUCCAUACAGGGCAAUACAUACAACAGAACAUGAAAUAUGCAUUUUUGAAUCACCGAUACAAUUAAUUCCAGUGUUCAGAGCAGUUUAAAAAUGCAAAAUUCAAAUUGCAUGCCUUAAAAUUAUGAUAAAACAUGAGCAAUGUGAUUCUAAUGGAAAGAUAUCUAAACAUACAAAACAAUGUACACAAUACAUUCAAUCUUCAUUCAAACAAACAAACAGAACUAUAAAACACAACAUGUGAACAAAACACAAGAAAAGACACAAGAUGCACAGAGUUUUAUUUCAAAUUAAUGUCCGAUUUUAAAUUUCGAUGAACUUAGGUUUGCGUGAAAGAAAACUUAAUGUCCCAUAAUUAAAAACACCAUAAUUCUUUAAAUUAGGCUUUUUAUUUCUGAUAGAUAUAAGCAGAACUAAUGUUUGAAAUUUGAUGGAAUUACACGCUGUUGAUGGAAUUAUAAGCCGUUUCAUUUAGGACUGUCCUAUGCAUGAUAAAAUUAAUAUAUUUAAUGUAGUAUGUACGUAUGUGUACAAUCGGUGUGCAAUAUGGUAAUAAUGAUGCGGUGUACAUCAGAGCGGUCAAUCUAUUAAAACUUUUUCCAAAUAACGGGGAUAUAAAAUGAAAAACAUGUAUACAUUAAAACAAUUUCAUGUAUAAGCUUUUAUAAAACACUGCCCAUUUUGUUUCCUGUAACGUUAAUCAACUCUUUGUGGAAUUAACACUUGGUAAUUUAACUGAUAUUUAGCUUUAUAAAGAAUCUAUAAUUAAGGACAACUCAAUACAUAUCCUGUCUAUUUUAAUAAACGUGUAAGAAACAAGCAUUCAAAUUGAGUUAGGAAAUAUAGUAACAUUUUAUUUAAAUUGACUGUUAUAUGUUAUUGUUAUUAUGACGAGUCAUGCCGUUAUGUCUAUCUUCUGAUGCAGCACUUUGAUUUAAGUGGCGAAUUGUAUUUAUGAAGAGCAAUUCAUCAAUGUCCUCUGUACAAUAAUUAUAGGUGUAAAUUUGGGGUGGACGAAGUACAUUUGUGUCAUGCUAUGAAGUAAAUGAGAUAAGAAUACUCAUUGUUAGGUACCAUUUCUUAAUCUCCUUGCUACUACCAAACUAGGUGUAUACCUGAGGUACGUUCAGUACUUGUAGUUUAUAGGUGAAACAAACCUCAGUAUAAGUAAUAAAAAUUGAUAUUAAUCACAGUGUCCCAUUAAACGUUAACCGAUUUAUAGUUAUCUUACAUUGCUCUUUAAUUUGACUAACAAUUCUUUGAGCUUAAUGUCUGGACUAAGUGUGAGGUUCGACACGCCAUUUAUCCGUUUUAAACUCUAAAGUAUUUCAAUGACCAUUCCAAGACGGUGAUACUGCUUUAUUCAUUUUCAUAAUGGAACCUUUAUCUCUCUUGAUGAAUCAAAUAAAAUGUGUAAUUUGAACAUACAUUUCAUUCAUUAUACAGGGGUGAGAAAAGAAAUAGAUACAUUUGGAAAAAUAAUGUAUAUCUUGCACUACCCAACAAAUUAUCAAAUUAUUUUAGCCCCAUUACUUACAAAAAGAUUAAACAUCAUUCUAAAUUAAUAUAAAGACUAAAUAUCAGUAAAAGCAAAAUGAUGUACACAAAUCAAUACCAUAUGUUAUGAAAAAAAAAUGGCAUUUUUUUAUUUCGCAGACAUAUUGAGGAAAAUUUAGAACAUGCAUUAUGGGAAUGUCAAAUACCGUAAGAAAUUAUUGAUGCCAUGUUACCAAGACAAUCUUUUCUGUUCAUUUACAUGACAUUCUUUCUACUUGGAUAUUCAUUUAAGUCUGUUAGAACCAUAAAUAAUGUUAUUCCGUCUAUAAAUCUAUACUUAUACAAGUCUAAAAUGAAUAAAUGCAUUCAAAACAUAACAUGUGCAAAGAACUACACUUAGUGUAAAUAUGAUAUUUUAAGAAAAAUAUCAUUUAAAAAAAAAACAGAAUCCAUUGACGGUGAAUGGGAAUUUUUAAAUCCUAUUGUCCCACAAACAAAAAACUCUAAAUUUGAUGAUUGCUGUAUUUGUAGAUACUGUUUACAAACUCUAUUUUAAGCGUACCGUUACUCAAAUAAAAUUGAAUGUAGGACCUGUGUGUUUUUAAAUAUAUUUGCAUGCACCUAGUAUUGUUUGUCUAUGCCCUCUGCAGCUGUUAUUACAAUGUACACAUUCUUUGCUGUCGAUACACACUGGAAGAUGUCUUUUUGUUCUAUUUUAUGAAUUUCUUGUAUGAUUUUCAACACACAACUUCGUGUAAUUUUAACGUUUACAAAAUAUUUCACUAACGUAUACGCUUUAUCUGUCGUUGACUACUAUUAUAUAUUGACUUGAGAAAUGUGAGAAUGCAUAAAAUGUUUUUGUUGUUGUUUAUUUUUCGUGUCUGAAUGCAUAAUAUUAUUGUUAUACUUCAUACUGUAUGUGUGCUUGUUUGCAA